AUGGAUCGCAGUCUAGAUGAGAUCGUUGCUGAGACCCAGCAAAGUAAGCGAGGCAACCGAUCUCGACGCGGCGGCGGUGGUGGUGGUAGAAAUGGAGGUGGAGGCCGACCUGCCCCUCGGGAACGCGACUCGUUCCGCGACUCGUACCCUCGCGAUGGCGUAAGAAAGUCAUACAGAGAUGAUUCGAGAGGUGUGGAUACGGACUGGGUCCACGAUAAGUUCGAUGACACCAACCCCCGCAACCGCUCGAACAACUCGAGAAGACGACGCUCGCCUGAGCCGUACCAAGACAAUCGAGGUGCCAAAGUCAGGGUCGAGAAUCUGCAUUACGACCUCUCCAGAGAAGACCUUCAGGGUCUGUUCAGCAAGAUCGGCCCCAUCGUGAAGCUCGAGCUGGUCUAUGAUCGCGCCGGUCGCUCGGAAGGCAUCGCAUACGUCACAUACGACCGCCGCGACGAUGCUUCGGAAGCAAUCCGCGAAUUCGACGGUGCCAACGCAAAGGGACAACCGAUUCGAAUGUCAAUCGUGACCUCUGGCCCGAGACGCAACCCAUUCGACAAUGCCUACAUGCCUGGCAGAUUGGCGGACCGUAUUACAAGACCGCGUUCGCUUUCACCGGGUGAUAGACGUGUCGACCGGUAUGUCCCUGGUGGUGGUGGUAGCCGGUCGCGCAGUCCAUUACCCCAACGACGUGGUGGAAGACGACCUGGUGCUCGCCGUGAGAAUGGAGGAGGAGAAAACAGAGGUGGUGGCCGUGGACGUGAUGGUCGUGGCCGUGACGGACGACCAAAGAAGACUCAGGAGGAGCUGGAUGCCGAGAUGGCUGAUUACUUUGGGGGCGUCAAUACGGCCCCGGCUGAGACGGAUGGUGCCUAUGCAGGCCAAACUGCAGAUCUAACGGGAGAUGAUGUUGAUAUGAUCGAGUGA